AACAUCAUGCUCUCACUGAAGGCAAUUUUGCAGGUGCUGCUUGACAGUACGCAAGCGCAUAAUCAGCGUUUUAAAGUCUAUCGGUUAGCAACCGAACAGCCGAUCAUCAACAUUGAAAAGGUCAUACUGUCAGUGUACCCAGUGUUGAAAAUUAUUGGGCUUCUGGAGACCGAAUGUGUUUAUUGGUUCAAACGCCUCGACGGCACCGUGCUUGCGCAGAUUUAUCCCAAAUUUGUUUUGAACGGAAGGACGCUCGUCUUAAAGACGAUGCAACUGGAUGCGCAGAUGAGGGCAGUAAUUUUGGGAACAGCGCUAAUGCUCGUUUUGCAUGAGGUGUACCCCGACAUUCGAAAUGCUCUGGCCGCUUCACUUCUCAGGAUUGAACCUGAUGAAACACUGCAUAGUACUUUAGGCCUGGCAUAG